AUGAACUCUUCGGUUCCCCCCGCGACGGCGGAAUAUGGAGGAGAGUAUACAGACGAGGUAUCCGCCAUUAUUCUCGACCCAGGCUAUUCCUCCAUUCGCGCCGGAUUUGCUGGUGAAGACACGCCUAAAUCUGUGACCCCGACAUACUACGCGAAAUAUUCUACGGAUGGGCAAGACAAGCACAUAUACGGGGAUAGCAUCUAUGUCUCGCCGCGACCGGGCCUGUCUAUUCACAAUCCGAUGGGGAGUGAUGGAAUUGUGGAAGAUUGGGAUAUGGCGGAGAAAUUGUGGGAAUAUUCAUUUUCUUCGCGGCUGACGGGCACGAAACCUGGCAAUCCCAUGCUCAAUGGGUUAAAUGACACAUCAGAAUUGCCAACUGAGAUGGAGAUUGUGGAGUCACAAGAGAAGCCUUUAUCAGAUUCGCCAUUGCUCAUGACUGAAUGUGGAUGGAAUCCGACCAAAGCUCGGGAGAAGACGAUUGAAAUAGCGAUGGAGAAUUGGGGCACACCAGCCUUUUAUCUUGCUAGGACGGGACCGUUGGCUGCUUUUGCCGCCGGCAAGGCGUCCGCUUUAGUUAUUGACGUUGGCGCGUCCACGGUCUCAGUCACUCCAGUACACGACGGACUGAUUUUAAAACGUGGCGUCCAACAUUCCCAUCUUGCCGGGGACUAUAUCUCCUCCCAAGUUCGCGCACUCUUUAAACAAAACACUCCUCAACCCAUCACAAUUACACCCCAUUACCUCAUCUCUUCCAAGACAGCAGUAGAUGCUGGCCAGCCGGCGCAAGCAACGUACCGCACAAUUCCCGAUGAUCAGGCUCCUGACGCUUCGUUCCGUCGACUUCUGGAAAACCGGACCAUCUCCGAGUUUAAGGAAUGUGUGGUCCAAGUCUGGCCCGGCCCUCAGGGUUUAUUAAAUGUCAACCCCAACGGAGUGUCCAACGAAGACCUAGCGAAAAACAGCCCAGGCCGCCCCUUCGAAUUCCCUGACGGCUACAACCAACUCUUCGGCACAGACCGAUACCGCGUCGCUGAAUCAUUAUUCGAUGCCAAAGCCGCAAUUCCAGAUCCUGAUUCUGAGUUCCCCGCGCCCACUGCUGCACAGACAAUACCCGAGCUUGUUCGCAGCGCCCUCAAUCAGGUUGACAUCGACAUACGGCCACAUUUGCUCGGUAACGUGGUGAUUACGGGCGCGACCAGUCUCCUGUACGGAUUCAAUGAUCGGAUAAACUCAGAAUUGACGGCCAUGUUCCCAAGUCCUCGAGUGCGCUUGUUUGCGCCAGGCAAUACGGUGGAGAGGAAGUUUGGCUCGUGGAUUGGCGGAAGCAUCGUGGCUAGUCUUGGCACCUUCCACCAGAUGUGGAUUUCGAAGAAAGAGUAUGAGGAGCAUGGGGCGAAUAUUGUGGAAAAGAGAUGCAAGUGA